AUGAGUAAUUUGACAUUAGCUGUCCAAUCCUCUACUGAUGUAACACCAGCUGUCUUAAAUACGCUUUAUCUGUUGUUCCAAGUCUUUGGCAUCACUAGUGGUGUGGACACUUGCUCACCUCUACUUGACCCCAUUCAUGGAUAUAUUGCAUACAGCAACAUUCCUUUCAUUAAUGGCCAGUACAGAAGCGGAACCAAAGCGCGACUUCGGUGUCACGAAGGAUAUGAUCCCGUCGGCACCUCGGUAUCCUUUUGCUAUGAUGGAAGUUGGUCGUCAGAGCAAUUUGGAGAUUGUGUUGGGCAGUCAGCAGAAACAACCUUGCCAACUUCUUCUUCUUCUGCAAAAACUUCCUCUACCUCAACAACUGAGGAAGAAAUCACCACGUCCUCAACGACAGCCAGCACUAAAAAAGCAGUCACGGCACUGGCUUUGGGAGGAUGUCCCGUUGCUGGAACUCCAACAAACGGUAGCAUCGUUUACUCGAAUGGGAUGGUUUUUGAGCCUGUACCGAAUGGGACCGUAGCAACGCUAGAAUGUGAUUACGACAAUGAUUUGCAAGGAGUAGAGUCCAUGACGUGCGUUAAUGGCAGAUGGGAACCGGAUGAAUUUGGACACUGUAGAUACAAUGGAUCAUAUGCGAAGGGUUGCCCUGCAUUAGAGGUGCCACAGAACGGAGUGCUUCAUGGUUCAGCAAGGAUGGUUGAUGGAAAAUAUCCCAUAAAUUCCACCUUGACUGUCACAUGCUCUAACGAGACACUGCUCUAUGGUGUGUAUGAAACAGUAUGCACAGAAAAUGGUUGGGAUCCGCCAGAGCUAGGAAACUGCAGAGGAAAGAGAUCACCGGACAUUAGCGACUGCAUUGACUUGGCUCCUGUCGUCGGUGGAGAAAUCAUGUAUGAUAGAACAGCCGAAAAUGCUACUGCUGAGCUGAAGUGUCACAACAGUAGCACAAAUGGAGCAACAAAAGCUGUAUGUGUAGAUGGAGAGUGGAACCCUCCAACGUUAGGGAAUUGCAGCAUUGCAUACGAAUCGGUCUGCCCACCGUUUGCCGCACCAAAUGGAGCUUUUCUCAGAUAUACUCCAAAUGCAGAUAUUGUAUUCGGAACAGUGGUGGAUAUGAGGUGCCACGAUGGAAGACAAAAUAUUGGAAACACCCGUUCCUUAUGCGAUGAGAGCGGAUGGAUACCACCAGAACUGGGCUCUUGCUCUCGUGAAACAUACUACCCGUCGAUAUGCCGUCCGUACAUGAAUCGUCCUGGAGGAGAGAUCUCUUACAUUACCAAUGUAACUGAAGAUGUGACAUUGACGAAGGCAAAACUGAUUUGUUUAGAGGGAAGGGCCGCUUUAGGGCACAGGCACUCUACGUGUACAGCUAGAGGCUGGGUCCCAGAGCUCGGGAAUUGCUCGACGGCACGAGGUUGUCUGAGCAUGCCCGACAAAUCCGACGGCGUUAUUCUCUACACUUCGAAAAGGAGAGGGGAUUACUAUGUAAAUGGGACAAAUGCAACACUUGAAUGUGAUUAUGCAGAUAAUGUUGAGGGACUAGCGGAAACUGUUUGUCUUGAUGGAGAAUGGAGUCCUGCACCAUUGGGAAAUUGCAGCACGAACGAAUCUGUCUGUCCGUUAUUUGACGUACCUUACGGAGCCGUUCUCAACUAUUUCCCAAACAUAGACGUUGCAGUUGGAACGACGGUAGGUAUGAGGUGCCUAGGCAGACGAGAAAUCGGGAACACUCAUUCCACUUGUACUGCUAGCGGUUGGUCACCACCUGCACUUGGCUCUUGCUCAAACGAAACUGAUUAUUCCUUAUUAUGUCCUCCCUUCACUAUACCUGCUGGAGCAAAGAUUGUCUACACUCCAGAUGCAUCGAAUAUAACAUUGAUGAGCAGAGCAAAUCUUCUGUGUACAAACGGAGCAGAAGUUAUAGAAAGAAAAUGCGAACCACUCAGUAUUAUCGGUUCCGGAGCUAUAUAUACACAGCCUAUGGUCGAUGAUCAUUUCGUCGAUGGAACGAAUGUCACUUUGAAGUGCAGUGAUACUGAAAUGAUUGCAGGAAAAAACUGUUUCACUAUGGAUCUGCCGAGAAGUGGAUACUUCAGCUAUUCGAAUGGUGCCAUUAUUGGAGAUGUGCCACAUGGUACUCUCGCUACUCUCAUGUGUUCCGACUCACUUGUUGUCAAAAGAGGUGCAACGACUUCAACUUGUGUCGAUGGAGAAUGGAUUCCAAAAACCAUGGGAACGUGCGACAUUCAAGAACAAGCGUGUCCUCUGUUCACUGCACCAGCAGGAGCGACAAUUCACUACAGUCCUAAUAUAACCGACAUUAGUCUAUGGAGCACUGCGAAUAUGAGUUGCAUUGACGGAGCUGAAGUAGUUGGAGAAUCUUCUGCGACGUGCUUUGCAAGCGGUUGGGUGCCACGCGAAUUAGGAAAAUGUCCAAAUACAACUACCGAAGUGGGAUGCACAGCUUUGUUUACUGACAACAGCUCGGAAAUAAUUUAUUCAUCGGGUAUAGUAAAUGGUCAUUACGCCAAAGGAACUGUAGCUAGACUGGAAUGUGCGGACACCGAAAUGGUUGCGGGUGCUCCGACUGUGCAGUGCAUCAACCAAAUUUGGCAACCUGCAGAAAUAGGCCAUUGCUUGAACAAAACUGGUGCAAACUGUCAUGUCUUGGAUGGUCCGAAAAAUGGUUACAUUGAUUAUUCGAAAAAUGUCACCGCCAACGGCGAUAUACUACACGGCACUCAAGCUACACUCAACUGUUUAUCGCCGCUACUGGUCCUCGCAGGUGCACAAACAUCAAUCUGUAACAAUGGAAAAUGGAUCCCUGACAUGUUGGGUACCUGCAACUUUGAUGAAUCUGUGUGCCCGCGAUUUGAUGUUCCCGAAGGUGCAAACAUCACUUACGAUCCGAGCGAAACUAAUAUCGGCCUAUGGGCGGCAAAAUUGAGUUGCAUCAGCGGUGCAGAAGUCGAGGGAGAAACUAGUGCCACAUGCUUUGUGAACGGUUGGGUGCCAAGCAGCUUAGGAAAAUGUCCGGAUAGUACAGUCGUUUGCCCGAAAUUCGCCGCUAUCGCUGGAGCAGAGGUCAGACACCGCCAUAGUACCACAAAUACAUCUCUCUUUAGUAAAGUGACAGUAAGAUGUUUGGAUGGAGCUCCAGUUAUAGGUAACAACGAAUCCGUAUGCCUUUCUACGGGCUGGUCACCUCCGCAGCUGGGCAGAUGUGCAAACACAGGGACAGACUGUGGCUUUAUGCCAUCGAGAUCACAUAGUAAAAUUGUUUAUCAUUCCGGUCCGAAUCUUCUCUCCGAAGGCACCAACGCAACGCUGACAUGCGACGAAUCCUAUUUUAUUGUGGGUACUGCCACUGCUCGAUGUAUCAACAAAACUUGGGUUCCACCAGAACUCGGAAUCUGCUCUCCUUUAACAGGAUCAAGCUGUCUUCUCCUGGCUCCUCCAGCUGAUGGACAGCUCGUUUAUUCAAGUGAUGCAUUGUUAGGUUACAUACCACACUCAGUCAAUGUGUCUUUAAGAUGCCUUACAGGAGAAGUAGUAAAUGGGACCGGAGUUUCAACCUGCGUCGAUGGAAGUUGGUAUCCUUCUUCCGUGGGCGAAUGCGAAGGUCAACCCAUUUCGAACAUUUCCAACUUGUGCCAUCCUUUGAUUGCUCCGCCUAACGGUAACAUAUCGCUUACGAGAGGAUUACCAGACUUUCCUGCGGAAAGCGGAGUCGUAGCUACAUUGACAUGCUUACCUGGGAAAUUUAUUCUUGGCUCUGCAACAUCACUGUGCGUUGAAGGUAAAUGGGUGCCUUCCUCGCUUGGUACAUGUACCGAUGACGCUAGCUCUGGAGGAACGGAAACAGGUUGUCCAUGGCCAGCCACUCCAAAUGGGAUGUAUUUGAACUGGUCCUCAUUUGAUAUCGCUGGACCUAUACACAAUGGCACAGUUGUUUCUGCGAACUGUGUCAAUAAAGCGUCUAUCAGAGGUGCUAGUCAAAUGAUAUGCUCCAAUGGGAGAUGGCAACCUGCUGGCUUUGGCAGUUGCAACGUUUGGCCGGGACCUACAGCAGGCUUAUCAUGUCCACCCAUGAAUGUGACAUCAAGUGAUAUGGGCUUCAUAUACAGAUACGGAGAUCAGUACAUGACUGGCUCGGUGAUGCGAGAUCUCGAGCACGGCACAAUUCUUACCGUCAAAUGUUACAACGGAACGAUGGCCGGCAAUAAUUUCACCACAUGUGCGGACGGCAAAUGGUACCCACCCGGCAUUGGAAUCUGUAAUCACUAA